UGAGUUUAAGUACUUUCGGUAUAAAUAUCAACCGAUACGAACUUGGAAGUAUCAUCAGUUCUUCAAGCAGUUUUCUAGCUUCAGCAAGCCUCAAACAACAACAAAAAACCACAAUGUUCGCCAAAGUGAUUGUCCUCGCUGCCGUUGCCAUCGUUUGCGCCAACGGAAAGCCACUGGUUGCUGCCCCGUUAGUGGCCGCGGCUCCAUUUGCAGUGACUGCCCAGAGCUCCCAGUACAUCGCUCGUAAUUACAACGGAAUCGCCGCGGCUUACACUGCUCCAUUCGCUGCUGCUUACACCGCUGCCUCAAUUGCCGCUCCAGUCGAUGCUGCCUACACUGCUGCAUACAGUGCACCUGUUGCUGCUGCUGCUGCCUAUACCGCACCAAUUGCCGCAGCCUACAAUGCUGCUCCACUGGCCGCCGCUUACACCGCUUCCCCUUACUAUCCAUAUGUCCUGUAAACAAUGAAACACCCACUCAAUAAAACCUCCUCGCGCAAAAUUUAAA